GCUGAAAAAGAUUGAAAAUCAUUUUCAUAUCAUGCUAAUUUCAUUUUUAUUUCAUCUUUAGUACCUUGUAUAAACAGUAUUGAAAAAUGAAUGAUUUUGGAAGAAGAAUAUAUGUGUUCGCUUUGAUCUGUUUGAUGUAUCUUCCCCGUGAUGUUGCGCCUUAUUAUCAAUAUCCAUCAGUGUAUUGGGCUCCGAAGAAUUGCAGGUAUUAAAGGAAUUGCAAAAUGGUUUCCCGUGCAGGAUAGCUAGUCAUCCAUGCACGCGUGAUGUUGCGAGACUUGCGAGACUUUUGGAACGCGUAAGAAAUGUGUGAGGGACUUAGUGUUACAGGUAAACUACGUUACUGCUACGUUACUGCGUAAUAGCUUUGCAAAUUUGAAAAACUCUUUGCAAAUCCUUGAGGGAAUUUGCAAUCUUCCUGUCGGCCGUUGCAAUAUUCCAACGCAAAGAAAGUUCCUUUCAAAUUUCCCUAACUUCCUGUUUUAAUUUCCUGACUUCCUGUUCUGUUCUGAGCGUUAUCAUUGGCGGAUUAUUUUUGUUAGCCAAUUACAACGCGCAGAACAGAACAGGAAGUUAGGAACUUGAAACAGGAAGUUAAGAACUUCUAACAGGAACUGAGGACAAUUUAUUUGGCUCUUAAGAACAUUGCAAAUUCUCUCAAGGGAUUUGCAAGGGAGUUUUUCAAAUUUACUAAGGUAAUGAGGAAAAUUGCAAUCAAGUUAGGAACUUAAAAGACGAACGCUUCACGUAGUUUACCUGUAAACACCGAGUCUGUUCCCUCAAAACUCAGUUAAGCCCCGUUUACACUACGCUCAAUUUUUGGUACGGCACGGAUAAAAUUGGUACCCGUACCACUUUUUUGGUUCUUGGACUACCUAAAUAGGUAGUCCAAGAACCAAAAAGUGGUACGGUACCAAAAAUUGAGCGUUGUGUAAACGGGGCUUAGCUAAAUAGGUAGUCCAAGAACCAAAAAAGUGGUACGGGUACCAAUUUUAUCCGUGCCGUACCAAAAAUUGAGGGUAGUGUAAACGGGGCUUUAGAAUUCAUAUAUGUAUAAUAGACCAAAUCCCAGUCCCAACUCUGAAGAGUUGCUGUGGGAUAGGGCGCUUUCAGAGGUUAUAUACUCAUUGGUCUCAUUGAGAAGAUCGAUCUUUUAAAGAAAAGUUAAGAAUUUCAAUCGCAAGAUGAUGUUUAUCCGAUCAUCAGGAAUUGCGGGGAAAGCAAAAUAUGGCCAAUAUAAGUGGGGGAAGAUGGUAAUUUAUAUAUUUAUCUCCCAAGUGUUCACCCUCGCUAUGUAACAAUCCCUUUUACAUUAUCUUCCUAGAUUCAAUCUAAACAAAUCACCGAACAGCGGAUACGAAUUUCGUGUAAAACCAUUUGGAAAAUUAUACUUCGUCUGUCCCAAUAUCGCGUUAUGGAAUGAUAUAAGUAGUAUAGGACCUCAGCUCUCAAUGAUGCACGAGAACUUGAUGUUAGUGGAUAAAGAGGGAUAUGAAACGUGUACCGUUAACAGAACUCGAGAUUCGCGUCUAAAUCGCGUGAUAUUAAAAUGCGAUGGUGAUGCGAAUCGAUUGAAAUCUUUGCAGGAAACAUUCUCACCUCGCAGAGUUGACCAGCGCCGAAUGCAGUAUGAAAGCGGGAAAACGUACUAUUUUAUUUGUAAGUAUUGUCAUGCUGCCAUAUACAGGGUGUCUAAAAAAAACCGCUAUGGAAAUUCAACAGGCUGUCGUGCAUCAUAAACGUAGCUAAACAAUUCAAUUUUUACAUACGACGAAAGAACAGUUAUUUAGCUUUUCAAUGAUACUCUUUUCAAAUCGUAACGAUGGGAAAUGGCCACAUACUCGUCAAAUAAAAAUUGCCGAUCGAAAUCACAUUCUUCCACCGUUGGGAAUUGCAUCGAAAACGAACCAUAGACAAUUCCCAAGAGAGAAUUAAAACUAAAUGUUAAAUUAUCUAAAAUGAGCUCAACUCGUCGAUCUUCGUCUUAGUGAGACAAUAACUCAAUAAGAACGUCCAUAAAACAUGUUCAAUUAACCCCUGAACAGAGAGCAUUCGUAAUCAAAACGUUUCACGAAACAAAUAGCCUGCAGCAGGCUCGCGUUGCUUUUGGAUUGACUAACUUUGCAUAAUUAAUGAAUUUUCAAUUCUCAACGGUGGAAGAAUGUGAUUUCGACCGGCAAUUUUUAUUUGACGAGAAUGUGGCCAUUUCUCAUCGUUACGAUUUAAAAAGGUAUCAUAGAGAAGCUUAAUAACAGCUCUUUCGUCCUAGGUAAAAAUUGAAUUGUUUAGCUAAGUUUAUGAUGCACGAUAGCCUGUUGAAUUUCCAUAGCGUUUUUUUGAAACACCCUGUAUAGGGCUUCGAUGGUUGUCUGCAGUCAGCGACAGACGUAGGCAGGAUUUCUAAGGUGGCCGAAAAAAUCCCAUGCAGGAGCGCCGAAGCAAUUUUACCCUGUGCUAAUUCGAACAAAGUUUGUUUUUCCUUGGUAACAAUUUUGCUGGUCCAACUCAUAGAUAUCUUAUAUACACUAGAUAGUGCAUCAAAUUAUUCUGCAAUUCAAAAAUUGAAGCCGUGAUUGCAGGCUCAGGAUAUUCCCAUGAAAUGAGAAGACUCGUAUAAUGUUUUCUAUUUCUUAAACAGGGAACUUAAACAUUAAGUUAAACCUAUUCCAAAUACAUUUUCAAACUAUUCAAAUGAUGAAAGUUGUUGUUGUUUUUUUUAAGCGUUUAUUAGCGAGUGGGAAACUCCAGCAUGGCCGCUAUCUAUUCAAAUGGGGGUAACCGCUGGAAUAUUAAAAAGUCAAAAUUUUUUUGACCAACCUCGAGUAUCAAUUAAAACAUAAAUAGCCACCUCUGGUCAAAAACUUUACAAAAGGAUGCCAUUCAGUUGUCACACAUAUCCUUUACCAUUUCUGUGACAUGAGUUUGAUAAUGUGCAAUUUUCUGCAAUCUAAAGUUUCAUGUUGUCUGCACAUGUACAGUACUUUCUUUGGAGACACCUCCUGGCAAAUCUGAAAAUGAUCAAGAUAGUGACUCCGAUUGAUUUACAUAUUGUAUUGACAUAUGAUUGUUAACAUGCAGCUUUUUUUUAGUCUUCAAUAUUUGAGUGUGUCAUGCUUAAUUGGAAAUGACAACAAAUUUUUAUUACUCAACCCUUGAGUUGUUUUGUUUUUCAAUCACCCAACCUUUUUACUCACUCAAAAUUUUGUUUACCCAACCAUUUUCUCUUCGGUGCCAGGAAGGUAAAAUCUCAAUUGUUUUAAAGAUAAAUAGUCUAGGCUGAGUAUGUGAUACAGGUUAGCAUAAUACUUGUUGUAAUCGGUCACUGAAAAGCCCUGACGGGGAGUGAACGGAAGAACAAUGUAUGUUUUUAUAUGUUGACUCUAAAUUGUCUUAUUUUAUUCAUUUCUCGUAUUUUAUUCAUUUCAGCAACGUCAAACGGAUCAAAAGACAGUUUGGAUAAUCUGAGUGGAGGACACUGCAAAACACAUAAUAUGAAACUUAAAAUUACUGUCUGUCGUCCCAAAGGUAUAGAAAUAUAAAAAAAUUAUAUUCGAAACUGUUUAUAUAGAUCCAGUAAGAGUAAUCAAUUAUUGAUCCAGUUUUACUACAGGAGGAAGCCUAUACUAACUUUGUUUAUACUGGAUAGCUCUAUCAGUUGUAAAUUGUUCUUCCUAGAGGUCCAGUAAGAAUCAUCUCUUAUUGAUCCAGUGUUACUACAGGAGGAAACCUAAACUAAACUAACUUUAUUUAUAUAGUGGAUAGCUCUAUCAGUUCUAAACUGUUCUUCCUAGAGGUCCAGUAAGAAUCAUCUCUUAUUGAUCCAAUGUUACUACAGGAGGAAACCUAAACUAAACUAACUUUAUUUAUACUGGAUAGCCCUAUCAUGCAUCAGUUCUAAACUGUUCUUCCUAGAGAUCCAGCAAGGGUCACCCAUGCAGAUCUGAUGUAUUGUUUCCUCACAAGUUUUUCAACAUUUGCAGAUUCAUGCGAGUUCCAAAUGCCUAAAUGUCCAUUCACGGCUGUGUCUCACAAGGCGACCACAACAACGAGUACGACGCCAGCACCAACAACCAAAACUACCCUCUCACAAAACACUGACACUGAAGCGGCUGCAGUCAAAAAUCCCGAACCAACCUCUCGGGAUGAAACAGAAACCAAAGAAACAAAAACCAAAGAAACAGAAGAGAAAAAGAUUAGAAAACAGAUACUGAAUCACUCAACUAACUUGCCCGUGACUGACCCACCAACCCAGUCGAAGAAUGCCAAACUUUCUACAAACGAAGAGGGUAGGUUUGAGGGUUUGAAGGCCUACCGACAUGGCCAGAAACCACGCACAUAUUUUAUUAUUAGAGAGUUUAAGCAAGUGUCAUUUUUGCAACACGGACGCCAAGCAGAAGUCAAUCGAGCCGUUAUAGAUAGCGAGUGAUAGUAACAUUAGAAUUCCUACCAGAGGACCUUGUGCUGCAUUUUUCGCAGUCGUUCCUGGUCAGGUCUUAAAAUGUAUAUAUACUCACUUGGAUUACAAACUCUAUAACAACAGCAUUCUAAUAUUAAUACCACCAAGUGAAGUGCAAGAAUCCAGAUCAUUGAAGUCCACCUUAUCACAACCCGCACACCUGAUCACCUAUAUAUACAUGAACUUACGGUUACAGCUCAACAGCUGGCUUCUGCAGCUCACUGGUUGGGGAAUCGCAGGGCCGUAGGUUCAAUUCCUACCAGAGGACCUUGUGCUGCAUUUUUCGCAGUCGUUCCUGGUCAGGUCUUAAAAUGUAUAUAUACUCACUUGGAUUACAAACCCUAACAACAGCAUUCUGAUAUUAAUACCACCAAGUGAAGUGCAAGAAUCCAGAUCAGUGAUAGUGACAGCCAUUCUUGGUUGAAAUUAAGAACGGCAGUCAGUACAUUUUUACGUUUGUGAUUUCAAACCAGCGAACUCUAAUAUCUGGAGCACGAACGUCAUUCAUUCGGCCUAUGAGAAAAGUCAAAUGACUGAAAUUGACGUCCAAUAGUUAUAUGAAGGUCGUAAAGACUUUUAAUACCAUAUUUCAAGUUAAUUCCAGUUUUUUUAAAGGAUAUGGCAAUAAAACUUAACUUUGUCUUAUUUGAAAGAACUUUUAAAGUUAUAUAUGAAAACCCUUUACAACUUUUUCGUACCUUCAGGCUUGAUUUUCGAAAUAUUUUGACCAAAACAAGUGUGCAGUCCGCCAUCUUGGCUCCAUCUUGGACUCACAAGCAGGGUAAACUUGUUAAAACUUCUUCAUGUGGGACUAAAUUUCUUCGAAAAGUUUCUUAAAAUGUUGUGAGUUAAUUGAGUACAUAUUGAUAAUGACAUGUGAUUUGCAAGAUAGAAAUUUCGCUUUUCACCCUACUUGUGACGUAUGCAUAUCGAAUGCACAUCCAAAAUGGCGGAAUGCACACUGUUUUUUUUUAUCAAAGUAAUUAAGUCGAUUUAUUUUGAAAACCAAGCAAAAUACGGAAUAAUUGUACAGGAAGUUUAUAUAUCAUUUUAAAUGUUCUUUCAAAUAAGACAAAGUUAAUUAAUAUUGCCAUAUCCCUUUAAAGGACCUCAUCGCAAAUCAAGUUAUCAGUUUAUAAAACCAAAGUAUUAUUAUUUAAAUCGAGGUCAAAAUACAAAACUUCCGGUUGGCGUCCGUUACUAGGCAAAAUUUUGCGCGGUUUUUCUAAAUUUUAAUUAGUUCCAUCCGAGAAAUCACAAGACAAAGAAAAAUUCCGCUCCGCGCGCAAAAUUCAGCCUUAAGGUCCAGACACACUGGACGCGAUUCUACAACGCGACGCGAUUUUUAAUGUAGACCAAAUAACUCAAAUAACGCUUCUAAAUAUUUGGAAAGUUUAAACUAGGGUCAAAGUUGUCGGUCAGUGGAAAUCGAAAAAUCACGUAGCGUUGUCGAAUCGCGUCCGGUGUGUUUGGACCUUUAAGGCUGUUUUCCACUGGGCGGAAUUUUCUGCGCGGAGCGGAAUUUUUCUUUGUCUUUUCUAAUUAGUUCCAAACGAGAAAUCACAAGAUAAAGAAAAAUUCCGCUCCGCGCGCAAAAUUCCGCGUAGUGGAGAACCGCGUUUAUAGAAAACUGGCUUAAGUUCUCUGUUCUCCGAAUCGAGUUCACGUUAUCGAUUUUUCAUCUUCAUAUUUGGUAGAAAUGGACUUCAGUGUUAAGAAAUUGAUGCACAAAUUGUCUAUAUCGAAUAUGUCACGGUUUUUUGACGCUCAGAGCGCGAUUUAGGACGUUUUAAACAUUUGGUUUUCCUAUUUAUACUUGGCUUUUUUGUUUCUGUAGUUUGGGGAUCAGAGAGAAAACAUAUUAUCAUUCAUAUCACAAUGGCGUUAAUUAUCUUGGUGUUAACAUUGUCUCUUAUUUACGUCUUAGUUACACGAAGGUGAGUUUAUCAUUUAAACUUGUAUGCUAGUCAAAAUGUUAUCUAUUUAGUGCUCAUCUGCUCAGUGCAUUUUUUAAGGAUUUUUCAGUGGUGGGGAAAAACUGCCAAAGGGCCCAUUCUUUCCUUGCCCUCCCCUCCCAGAGUAGUGCAAAAGCGAGUUAGCUAGGGGGUCUGGGGGCAUGCCCCCCAGAAAAUUUUUAAGACUUGGGUCUCUUAAAUAGCAUUUCCUGCAUUCUGAGAACACGUUUAAAAAAAAAUCUCAGCUUCUCAAAACAAAGUUUUAAUGGUGAAAUUUGUAAUAAAUUACAUGCUAAACAUUCAAAGACAACAUAAGUUUAAGUAUAAUCACCAACAACUUCUUCUCAACUUUAAACUUCUUCUCAAUGUUAAACUCGUUUACUCAAUACAGGUCUUAGGACCUGGCUUUGGGGCAAUAGGUCAUUUGUUUCUUCAGUGGUGGGGCAGAGGAAGAGGGGCCGAGUGGGGCAAAUGCCCCACCAGUCCAUGGGAUUAAAAAAUGCCUUGCAUCUGCUUUGAAGGGUCAGUAUCAGACAUAGGCGCCGUAUGGCCUAAAAAAUAGGGGGAGGGGGAAGGCGGACAGAAUUAAUGUUUAUAGAUUGUUUAUCAUGUACUUGUUCAAAAUAUACAUAGUUUCCUUUCGGCAACUGUUACGCAACUGCCGUUGUUAUGGCAACAAUGACGUUCAAGGCUUUUUGGAUUUAAAUUUUAACUCGAAAACGACAUCGGUGACCCCCAAGUUUUAUUUCAUAAAAAGAUUUCUCUUAGCAUACUCAAUUAUUUUGCCAAAAUUGUUUAACCAAAAAAAAUUAUUGCAAAUAAUCACCAUCUGUUUUAGACUUAGCAAACUUCGUUUUGGGCAGAGGAAGGUUAAGAUGAAUAUCAACCUGGUGUUUGCAUGAUAGGAAUCCCGCAAGAAAGCGAAUAAAAGAAAUAAAUCUUGUGACCAAGCUGAUUUUAGAGUAUUAAAUACCCGGAUAUAUAAUUUUUCUUAUUUUUAUAAUAUUAUGAAUAGGUAUCCAUUUCAAUUGACGAAUUAAUUAUACAGAAGGGGCAUCUGUUUUUUUUUAUCAAGUCUAAGUCAAUUUACUAUUAUUGCUUACAGGCAACCGAAAUCGAAGCCGAUUACAUUUAAUUCGAAGCUUUACCAAGAAAGACCAAUGAGCGCAAUAGCUCUUGGCGAACUUAGUAAUGGACACGCAGAAGCAAUUUGACGUCGUUUAUUUAUUUAUGGAGAAGAAUAUGAGCAUAAAAUCGGACAGAACCGGUACUAAAUUUCGUUUUUGGAUAAAGGACGAUUGAUUAAGCCAAUUGGCAGUGCCAGUGGAUAACGGAAUAAAGGAAAUCUAUUUCCAACUAAUUUACAGGACAUUGACAGUGAAGAAUUAGUUUGUCUCAUUUGAAAGAGAUUUAAAAAUAGUUAAUAAAGACUUUUUUACAGCUUUUUCAUAUCUUUGCUUCAUUCUUGAAAUGGUUUCAUUAAAAACAAUUGAGCUGUCCGCCAUCUUGGAUUAUUCAAAAUAUGCAUGUUACGUUAGGCAUGUCGCUGACCUCAGAAUGACAUUUUGUCAAAACUUUUUUCUUAAAGAUUGGUUUAGAAACAAAUUUGGAGUAGGGUUAGGUUAGGGUUAGGGUUAGGGUUAGGGUUAGGGUAAGGAUUAGGGUUAGAGUUGGUGUUUGGAGUAGGGUUAGUGUUAAUAAAACCGUUGCUUGUUACGUUUUGUCACACUGAGGCCAGCGAAAUAAUCUCUUCUAUUGAGGGGUUAAGUAAAUUUUUUAUCUUGACAGCCAGUGAUCAUCAUGAGCUUAAAACUCGUUUUUAGUUGCUAUUUCAAAUUUCGAAUUCAAUAAAAACGCGAUUUUAAACUACUUUUGAUGUUUACUCGGUCACUUAAUUUUAAAAUUAAUCCAAGAUGGCGGGAAAGCUAAUUGCUUUCAGCCAAAAUAUUCCAGUUCAAUAGUUAAACUUGAUAUGAAAAAGUUUGCAACAUGAUUUAAUACAUCAUUUUAAACAUUCUUUCAAAAGAGACAAACUAAAUUCUUAGUUCCAAUGUCCUUUAGUUAAAGCAAUUGAAAAGGAUGAAUUACUGACAGGGUACAUUUAAAUACGAUAUUUGUUGAUCAUGCAUAUAAAGAAGCACUUUAAGAAGAAAUGUUCUCGACUAACGGAAUACUAAAUGAAGACUAUUUUGAAGAAGAUUAUUAUAGGCGUAUGGAAUAUUGGAAACUCAGUUUGAAAGGGCAAGAGAUAUCGAAGUAACUGUAAUUGCCUUGAACCUUCCCAGACGGAAGAAAAAAAUCAUCAUCAACGCAUUCAAACCACAUUCAGGUUGAUUUUUGUGUAAAAAAUAGCUGUAUAAUAGCGUAAAGCGUGUCAAUAUUCAAAUGUUUCAAAAUAAUUUAUUAACUUACAGUAAGCACGAAAAUUUAAAGAUGUUGUAAAGUCCGUUCUGCGCAUAUACGUUCUGCGCAGGCCUCAUUCCAAUGCCAAUUGUCGGGACCCGACCAUUGGAAUGUUAUUAAUAUUUCGCACCUUCCGAACUUUCUUGAAUUGAAUCUCUAGUCUGUAUUCAUUUGCAAGCAUAGCGUAUUAGCGAACCAGAAGAGUGUUAAAAAUUCAGUAUAAUAUAUACCUAAUCAUAUUUUACAACUGCAGUACUGAGUUCAAAAUGUAAAGUCUGUAAACAAAGCGUUUGUUUACAUUACGGACUUUACAGCAUCAUUAACACAACAUACCAACUGGGCAAUGGGUAAAAAGCCUCUAUUCCAUUCAUCGCAAGAGUUAACUUGCAAGCUCAAUGCGAUUGCUUUUGACCAAUUAUUAUUGAUGCAAAAACUCGCAGCGAGCUCCCGAGUUGAUUUUUGUGAUGAGUGAAAAAGGCCCUUUGCCUUUGGCUUUGUUUGGCUUUGAGUUUGAACGUUUCAAAACAUUUUUUAUUACUGAGAAUCUUAUUUUACGUACAUAUUUAGCAUAAUGUAUUUGUAAAUAUGUGUAAAUUUAAUACCUAUAUAGAUUAUAAAGUUUCAAAGAUCAAUGUAUAGGCGUAAUAAAUUG